CUCGGCUUAGGUGUAAGUUAAUAAAUCCCUAAUUUUUUCCCCAAAUUGUAAAGGCCACAAAUCUAUAGCGCCAAUUUAAAUCAAGCAGAUAAGGUUUCUAUCUCCUCCCUUCCUUCUUCUCUCCCCCUUUUGGCUGUACAAAACCUAUUUUCUGUGGCUGACAACAGAGAAGGAAGAGAAAAGAUAGAUUACUUACAUCCUCUGCAUUUUUCUCCAAACUGUAAACCCGAAAAAUCGAUUCUUGAAACUCCCAGUUACUAAUUAUGGCUAUGGCGCUUCAAGCUUCCCUCGUUCACAGACCCUCAAUGCGGCAUCCAAACUCUCUUCCCUUCACUCUAAAAGCCUCAAUUUCCAGAUUCCCCUCUCAGAACCAUCUCCCCAGAAGAAUAAAUCCGAGGUUCUGCGGCCGGGUUUGUCUAAAUUCCAGACCUUUACAGAACAGUUUAGUCGCUUAUUGUACGUUGAGUCCAGAGAAUGUAGAUUCAGCUACUUUCCCAGCUGAUAGUAAUGAUUUUAACGGAAAACCUGAGCCGGAUGAGCUCGAUAAUGUGGCCACGUCAUCAGCCGAACGAGAGGUCAGUGGUGAAAAGAUGAACGAGGAUGUAGAGAAGAGGUUGCCGAUUAUGGUGUUUAUGGUGGGAUUGUUCACGAGAUUGAAAAAUUGGUUUGAGCGUGUAUUUUAUUCGGAUUGGUUCAGCUGGUGGCCGUUUUGGAGGCACGAGAAGCACUUGGAACGGUUGGUUGAGGAGGCUGAUGCGAAUCCCAUGGAUGCUGCGAAGCAAAGCCGUCUGUUGGCUGAGCUUAAUAAGCAUAGUCCUGAGUCUGUUAUUCAGCGAUUCGAACAAAGGAAUCAUGCUGUCGACAGUAGAGGAGUAGCAGAAUACAUUCGAGCGCUGGUGGCUACUAAUGGGAUAGCUGAAUAUUUGCCUGAUGAUCAAUCUGGGAAGCCUUCUAGUCUUCCUUCUUUGCUGCAAGAGUUGCAACAACGUGCAUCAGGGAAUAUGGAAGAGCCUUUUGUGAACCCUGGUGUGUCCGAAAAACAGCCAUUACAUGUUGUAGUGGUGGACCCCAAAGUGGCAAGUAAAUCAUCACGCUUAGCCCAAGAGGUCAUAUCAACUAUCUUGUUCACUGUUGCUGUCGGUUUAGUAUGGGUAUUGGGUACAGCUGCACUCCAAAGGUAUAUUGGUAGCUUAGGAGGUAUAGGUACUCCUGGAGUUGGUUCAAGUUCUUAUUCACCAAAAGAGCUGAGCAAAGAAAUAGUGCCAGAAAAGAAUGUUAAGACAUUUAAAGACGUCAAAGGAUGUGAUGAUGCCAAACAAGAGCUCGAGGAGGUGGUUGAGUAUCUCAAGAAUCCUUCGAAAUUCACUCGACUUGGAGGGAAGUUACCGAAGGGGAUCCUUUUGACUGGAUCACCUGGUACUGGAAAAACUUUGCUUGCAAAGGCUAUUGCUGGAGAAGCUGGUGUGCCUUUCUUUUACAGGGCUGGAUCCGAGUUUGAGGAAAUGUUUGUAGGUGUGGGUGCUCGGCGAGUAAGAUCCUUGUUUCAAGCAGCUAAAAAGAAGGGAAUUAUCGUGAUGGCAGCUACAAACUUACCCGAUAUACUCGAUCAAGCUUUGACUAGACCUGAUCUGGCAAACUUGGUAAAUAUUGCUGCCAUUAAAGCAGCCGUUGAAGGAGCUGAGAAGUUGACUUCAACUCAGUUAGAGUUCGCGAAAGACCGGAUAAUGAUGGGAACCGAAAGGAAGACAAUGUUCGUAUCUGAAGAAUCAAAAAAGCUCACCGCAUAUCACGAGAGUGGGCACGCUAUAGUUGCUUUAAACACCGAAGGCGCGCACCCGAUUCACAAAGCCACAAUCUUGCCACGUGGCUCGGCUCUUGGAAUGGUCACCCAACUCCCUACUAACGAUGAGACAUCGGUCAGCAAAAAACAGUUAUUGGCUCGGUUAGAUGUUUGUAUGGGUGGACGAGUAGCGGAGGAACUUAUCUUCGGGCAAGACCAUGUUACGACUGGGGCAAGUAGUGAUCUUAACACGGCUACCGAGCUUGCCCAGUAUAUGGUAUCGAGUUGUGGGAUGAGUGAUGCAAUUGGACCCGUUCAUAUCAAAGAACGACCGAGUUCGGAAAUGCAGUCUCGUAUCGACGCUGAAGUGGUAAAGCUAUUGAGGGAAGCUUAUAAUCGAGUGAAAGCUUUGUUAAAAAAGCACGAAAAGGCAUUACACGCUCUAGCAAACGCGCUUUUGGAGUACGAAACUCUAAGUGCAGAAGAAAUUAGACGGCUUCUCGUUCCUUUUAGCGAGGGACGAUUUUCGUUAGAACAAGAACAACAACAGAUGGAGGAGGAAGAGCUUGUUUUGGCUUAA